AUGGAGAAGCAGCAGCCACUUCCGACGGAGUCGUUUUGGGGAACUCAUCACGAGGUUUGCCAGAUAGAAGGAUUCUGGUACAUGGCCGGGUUUAUGGAAGCCACGGCCGCCUUCAGGUCAGAAUUCGAGCCGAGGAAGGACGAUAUUCUCUUGACAUCUUUCACGAAAACAGGAUCAACCUGGCUCAAGGCUCUCUGCUACAACAUCCUCGACGAGGAAGAGAACGACAUUCUGGCGAAGGAGAACCCACACGGUGUGGUUCCCACGCUCGACAUCACUUUCCUCCAAGACCGAGUCCAACACAUGUUGCUCAAUUCCCCUCCGGGUCGCGGCAGAUUGCUCCACACCCAUCUCCCCUGCAGUUACCUGCCGGAGAAGGUGAGGAGCUCGCCGCGGGGAUGCAAGCUCGUGUAUGUGGCUCGGAACCCUAAGGACACGCUGGUGUCGCUGUGGCAUUUCCUCAACAAGAACGUGGAAGUCGACCAGUUCCCGCUGGAGAGCGCGGUGGAGACCUUCUGCAGCGGGGUUAUGCCUUUCGGGCCUUUCUUCGAGCACGUGGCGGGAUACUGGGAAGAGAGCAAGAAGCGGCCAAACGGGGUGUUGUUUCUCAGGUACGAGGAUCUGUGCAGAAACCCUGAAGAGCAAGUGAGGAAGUUGGCUUCAUUUCUUGGCAGGGAAAAAUGGAUAGAUGUGGAGAAGGUACUGUGGCGGAGCAGUUUGAACAGGCUUAAGGAGCUGGAGGUCAACACGGGCGAAGUUGUGAAUGAAGGACAACAUUUUCGCAACUCCACCUAUUUCAGGACGGGAGCUGUUGGGGAUUGGAAGAACUACUUGACUUCCGACAUGGCUCGACGGGAAUAUAUCAUAGAUUCCCCUGCUAUCUCCAAUACUCCGAUGGACAACCACCAGCUACUUCCGACGGAGUCGUUUUGGGGCAGUCAUACCAAGAAUGUUUUCCAGGUAGAAGGAUUCUGGUACCUGGCGCAGCAUAUGGAAUCCAUAGCCGCCUUCAGGUCGGAAUUCGAGCCGAGGAACGACGACAUUCUCUUGACAUCUUUCAUCAAAACAGGAACAACCUGGCUCAAAGCUCUCUGCUCCAACAUCCUCGACGAAGAAGAUAACGACGUUCUGGCGAAGGAGAACCCCCACGAUGUGGUUCCUGCGCUCGAGAUCGCUUUCCUCCUCGACCAGGUCCAGCAUCUGCUGCUGAAUUCCCCUCCGGGUCGCAGCAGAUUGCUCCACACCCAUCUCCCCUGCAGUUACCUGCCGGAGAAGGUGAGGAGCUCGGGAUGCAAGCUCGUGUACGUGGCGCGAAACCCCAAGGACACGCUGGUGUCGAUGUGGCAUUUCCUCAACAAGAUGGUGAAAGCCUACCCAGGCGGUCCGUUAUCGCUGGAGAGAGCGGUGGAGGCCUUCUGCAGCGGGGUUAUGCCUUGGGGGCCUUACUACGAGCACGUGGUGGGAUACUGGGAAGAGAGCAAGGAGCGGCCAAACGAGGUGUUGUUUCUCAAGUACGAGGACCUGUGCAAAAACCCGGAGGAGCAGGUGAGGAAGCUAGCCUUGUUUCUUGGCCGAAAAACGAGUGUGGAUGUGGAGAAGGUAUUGUGGCGGAGCAGUUUGAACAGACUUAAAGAGUUGGAGGUCAACAAGAACGGUGUCCGUACGGAUGCCCCACAUAUUCCCAAUUCCAUCUAUUUCAGGACAGGAACCGUUGGGGAUUGGAAGAACUACCUGACUUCCGACAUGGCUCAACGUAUUGAUCAGCUUACACGAGUUAAGCUGCAGGGGACUGGGCUUUCUUUUGAUGACGAGUAG